UAGUGUCGUUUUUCCCGCGGACAUAAAACUUUUGUGUUGUCGAAAAUAGUAUUAAAAUAUAGUUGAAACGACUUGAAAAUCGAACGGUUGGUUGAUAAAAGUGUUAAAGUGCGUGCAAUGUAAGUUUCUGUGCGUUUUAAAGUGUAUCACAGUGCAUUCUUCGGUGAUUCAUCUUGUGAACAAGAAAUGCUGUUUGUGUCAUAGAUAUACAUGUAUUGGCUAAGUUUUAUGUGUACCUUGUAAGGAAUGUGUUUUGUGGUGAAUUUUUGACUUCACGACGUCCGUUUCGCUAAGUAAAUAAGAUGACAAGCAACUACAGCUGUGAGGUUUCAGCGAAAUAUUGAGAUGCAAAAACCCAUCCACCCAGUAAAGAAACAUCGGUAAAAUAUUGAGGUCACCAGUGGGUGCUGCUGUAGAUGUUCCUAUAAAAUAAAAUUCCAAAGAGAAUCAAAAUGGCCGCUCGAGCACUUCGUCUCUGUAUAGUUGCAAUAUCCGUAAGGCUUUUAUUAGUGACUGCAGACUUCACAGCCAACUGUCCAACAGAAUGCAAAUGUGUAUGGGCCAGCGGAAACAAACAAGCAGAUUGCUCCCACUCCGAUUUCCAUGAUAUACCCAAAACCUUGAGUACAGAAAUACAGAUAUUAGACCUAACUGGUAACGGACUCUACGAAGUCACGAGGCACGCAUUCGAAGAUGUCCGAUUGAUCAAUCUGAAGAAACUAAUUCUGAGAGAAUGUAAGCUUAUAACGAUACAUAAAAACGGAUUGAGCGGCCUCGCGAUCAUGAUCGAACUAGAUUUAUCGAAAAACGACCUUAAAAUGUUACAUGCCGAAACAUUUAAGGAAACCGCCAAAAUAAGAUGGAUUUUGCUCAACGAUAAUCAAAUCGAAAAGUUAGAGGACGGCUUAUUCAACAAUUUGCCCUUCCUGCAAAAAGUCGAUUUGAGUAACAACCGUAUAGUACAACUCGGGGUGAAAACCUUCAUGAACGUGCCAAAGUUAAAUAUAUUAAGACUCGACGGAAAUAAAUUAGAGCACCUAAAGAUUGACACGUUAAGUGCUUUAACGUCUCUGUCUAAUUUAGAUGUACACGAUAAUCCUUGGAGAUGUGACUGUUAUUUACAGCCCUUCAGAAAUUGGGUGAUCAGCAAAAAUCUCUACACAUCACCAAUCGCUUGCAGUGAACCAGCUAAAGUUCAUGGGAAACUGUGGAAGGAGUUAGAUUCCAGUGACUUUGCUUGCAGGCCAAGCAUCGUCUACCCUUCCACUAGAACAACAUUGCGAUCAUCUGACGCAAAUGUCACUUUAUCCUGUCAAGUUAACGGAAACCCUUUACCAGAAGUAAAUUGGGUGCUGAAUGCUCAAAUAAUUGAUGGAACACACAAAUACCAGGGCGAGAUUAAAUACUAUGUGACACAAACUAAUUCAGAAAAUAGUAAAUGGGUUAAUUUAACCAUCGUAGAUGCUGGGAGUGAUGAUAAUGGAGAAUAUCUCUGCGUAGCUAAGAAUGCUGGCGGUGUGGAAGAAAGAAGCUUGACUUUAGCUAUUGCUCAUACCCCGCCUGGUAUUGAUGUGCCGCCUGGAAUGGACAAUAGUAUGCUACCGGUUCUAAUAGGUGUAUCAUGUGCAGCUGCCAUAUUGCUUAUAAUCUUGGUCAUCCUUUGCUACUACUGCUGUAGAAGACGAGGAUCAGAGAAGAAAAAAGCCGACAAUUCUAACGGAGAGGCUCUGAUUGAAGGUUCGGUUAUACCAGAGAUGGAGAAGAGUUUGAUAACGGCCGUGAAUCCUGUAACCAAACCACCACGCAGAUACGAUGCUCCUCCGUCCAUCAUGAGUGGGGCUACGGAGAUGUCAGAGCUGAAUAAAACAUUGCUCGAUAAUGAUUCAGUCUUUGCUCACAAUGACGAUGAAAAACGGUCGAUUGGAUUCGACUUACAAACACAGAGGUCGCAGGACGCACUCAAUGCAGAAUACGGGCGUACAGACGGCCGAGCAUAUCCACCUGAUCUGCUCUCAUUUCCAGCAAGAGCUGCCCAAAUCUCUCCAGCAGCGAGUAACGCGUCCACAGUUCCAGACACCAGCAGACUGCAAAUCAAUCCAGUCAGCCCAAUCCAUUCUCCCAUUUAUGGCAUGACGAACAAUCAAAACCUCUUUAGAACUCUACCUUAUUCUCGGUCUCAAUCUCCAUUCACGGCGCCGAUUACACCACCAGUAGUUACUCCAAGACAAGGAUAUGUAACAAUACCAAGGAGGCCAAGAGUUCCCUCCUGGUCAAGCACAGCUAGCACGGCGAUUUUACCUAGCGCUGAAGCACAGGAACCUUUAUAUGAUAACUUGGGUCUAAGGACUACUGCAGAUGGCAGCUCAGUUCUUUCACUAAACAAGGCGGGGUUGGAACAACAGUUUUCUCCAAUGAGAAAUAGACCUUUACCAGCAACACCCACAGCUGUUUACCCUCCACAUCCAGUGUAUUACGCUCCCAUAGAAGAACUGGAGCCAGCACCGUCUCCCGUACCGCCUCCAUUUACACCAACUAGAAACAGCAUCAGCUCUCAAAUAUCCAAUCAGCUCUCUACACCAGGUCCACAAGAACCGGUAAAUCCCAGAAUGAGCUGGACAGCAAAAAGUACUUCUACUCCCCAACCGGAAACAAGAAAACAAUUGGCCAAUAUCAUGGAUAAUAGGAACGGAGACGCACAAUCACAGAUUUCUGACAAUAAUACAUUAAAUCGUAGAGGAAAGCCGGAGACAGGCUCACUGAGGCGAAAUCCUAGAAGUGAACAGAAUGAAGUAAGUUCUCCAUCCAAAGAUGAUCCGAGGAAAAAUGAAAGCAACGCAUCGUUAAAUCAAUCCGGUACUAUGGGGAGAAGUGGUAAAAUCCCACCGAGACCGCCUCCUAAACCUAAAAAAAAGCCUAGUACCGAAGUAAGUGCCACCGAACCACUCUUUGAAGACGAAGGAGAGGACGGGACGGAAGUGUAGCAAUUCCUCAAUGAGGUCAUUGAUCCCAACGGACUAAAUGAACAAAGUGCCAAUGAGCCUGUAGUGACCACGUCUCAGUGAAGUGAUAUCAGUGUGGACGAUGCGGAGUGCAAUCGGAUCAUUAUUUUGCGGUGCUCGUGUAAAUAACUUGUGCUAGAUUUUUUACUACAAUACAAGUACAUUAUGGACCAUUUCGCAAUCUUAAUAUAAGUAUACUGUUAGUGUAAGAAGCCAUGAUUAUGUUUUAAGGUAUUAUUCUUGUGUCGGCUGCAGACAGCUGGCGGCAACCGCAGAAGUAAACUGCAGACCGCUAAUGACAUUACGGGUUUGUAUGAAUCUGUACAAAAUUAAUUCUAUAGUGUGAUACAAGCACAAACAAUUGUAUACAAACACGUGUAUUGCCGACGGCAGAUCAAAUGAAUUUCAGUAAAAAUAAGGUUUUCUUAAUCUGAAACUUCAUUGAAUCAUAUACUAGAGAUUAUUCUAAAGGUGAGAUAAAAUCACAGUUACAACCAACUUGUUGAAGCAACUACAAGUUUUAUGGUGUUAUGCUUUGUUUCGACUGUAAAUAAAAACCGGACUGGAAGUCGUCUAAAGUCAAUGUUAGUUAAAAAAAUUGUUCAAAGAAAGAAGUAAAUAAAAUAUAGCGGAUUCUGAUUAUGUUAAACAAAGUUGUCAGGUCAGUUCAGGUUCAGGAAAAUUAUUUAUUACUAAACUCUUAUCACGCUCGGAAUUAAUAAAAUAUAGAUUCAUACAAACCAGUGUCGCGUGCGGUUUGCAGCUACUGUCUGCGUUUACCAGCAGAAUCAUACCGUUAACGUUUGCAAAACUGUACACGACGUUACAUAACUAUAAUAAGUAUUUAUUCUUUGUGGUAAUGGUAGGACAGUGGUGGUAGACUACUCUUCGCUCGCCAAUCAUAAGGCAUCUGUUCAUCGAUUUUCAAGACUGAUUAUUCUAAAUUUGUUCUCGCAUUCGACAUUCCUGUAUCGCAUUAAUUCCACGUCUCACAAUUCAGAGACACAUUUCCAAUAAUAGUUGAUCGCAGACUGCCGCAAGAGCCGCUAGAGGUGAUUAACUUUCUUUUGCGGUUACUUUCCAAUUAGCAAUGGGAGAUAAAACGCUAUCAGAGAUGUUAAAUAGCUAUAUAGCUAAAACACUUGUAGGACGUUCAAUAAAGCUUUAAAAACGAUAUAGUAACAGUUUUAUUACUAUAUCGUUUUUUUAAGCUUUAUUAGCGCGGCGCGAUUGUUGUGAUUUUAUAAAUAUGAGGAUUGAUUUUAGGAAUUUACAUGCAGGAUUAUAUGGUGACUUUCCAUUGCCCUUUCUGUUUUAACUUGAAUUAAAAGAGAAUAAGUUAACUUCUGAAAAUCUAAAAUACUUAUACUUAUAAUCGUUUUAUUCGAUGACAAGUUCUCAUCCGGAGGUACAUAAUGAUGUAGUCUGAGAUGAAAGCGUGCGAAACAUGAAAGUGAUGUAUUGGUUUACCCUAACCGAUGUCUACGUGACGUAGUAACUGAAGAAAACAAGUAAUAAAACAAUAGUAAAACCCCUGCGAGAACAAACUUUUUCAGCACGACUCCUAUUUACCGUAAACACAAUAUAUCGCAAGUUGACUAGGAAAUGAGACACAUAUUAUGAUAGUAACAAAAAAGCGCAAAAUUGGUGGUGCUAGUGGACUUGCAGUAAAAAUACGAUUGUAUUAACCGACCAAUACUGAAUAUUUUAAAGCCUGACUUAAAGCAAUAUGUGGAAUUGAUACAAAACACUGUAACAGAAAUUAAAACCUUUACCACUAGAAAUACAGGUAUGUACACCAAAAAAACUCCACCUUAAAUCGGGCUUAUUUUGCAGGUAAAUAAUUGUAACAAAGAACCGCAAAUACACGCAUAUAACUUUUCUGUUUCAUAUAUAUACUUUUUUUUAGAUAAACGUAGCGUUUACCUCUCGCGAGUCUUCCAGCAGUGUGAGAUCAACUAAACAGAUUUUAUUGAAUCUACUAACCUUUUGAUUAUACGAGAGGGUCAGAAAGGGUUAGAAAGGGUUGGCUUUUCGACUAUUGAUCGUGUCAAUAGUUUCUAUAAAGCGUUUAUUGGAAACGGCUCUUUCAUCCGCAAAUAAAUUUACGCAUAUUGCACUUUCGAACAUAUCGUGAUUUCGAACCGAACCACUCUGUUAGCAUGCCUAUAGAUUUCGCAACAUAUGUCAGUCAUUUGGUACUCAAAACAGAGAUUAACUGUCUGUUUAUCUUGAGUGAAAUAAAAUUGAAGGAAUAUCAAUAUCUUAUCGUAAUAAUUACCUCAUGUAUUGGAAAGUGUUUUUAGCCUUCAAACCCGAUGGUUAUUAUCAGUAAACCCUAAGUAAGCCUACUUUGGAGGGUCUUAGCUUUAAAGAUCUCCUAUGAGAGACGAGACCUGUGCCCUGGUUAACUUAUCUCGCUAGUCUCCAAAACUACUCAGGUGGACUGCAAUUUUGACUAUAUAAUACCAUAACUAUUUAUUAAAAAAAAAAAUUGUUGGGUGCCAUUUUUCAAAAAUGGUUCCAGGUCAAUAUAAAUGUCAAAGUCAAAUAUAUCUUUAUUCAUAUAAAAAGCCAUUAAACCAAAGAAGAAGUAGGCUCCUAGAUAAAUAGCACUUUAUGCGUAAAUUACAUCCAAAUUGUGUGCAUGAUAGUGAUAUGAUGGCGAUAACCACAAUCGUAAACUUAAAAACUAAAGCUACGAAGGUUCGAAACGGGCCAACAGCAAAAUAUGUAUAAAUAUUUCAAAUAAUAAAACUGAUAAACUUUCUAUAUAGGACUACCAAAUGACUGGACUAAAACAGUGAAAUAUCUCUGGAUAUUCAAAAUUAAGAUGUAUUGGAUAGAGAUUAUGUGGUUGGUUUAAGAUUCGACUCGAAAUUCUGAAACUGCAAUGUACGAGAAUUGACAUCAUCCACUCACGCUACUAAAAUAUUUAACUUCUCUUCUCUAAGUUAACAUUAUUUUAGUUGUUAGUUUGUUUUAAGACUGUUUAUUGUUUACCCAACCAUGUUUAAUGAUUUAAAAUUAUAAAAAGACGCAAAGGGGCUACUUUAAAAAGGGUUUAACUGAAAAGUAUAAAACUCCUUUUAUCAAACCCCUGAAAUCUUAAAACGGCCCAUGCAUUGGCUACUUGUCCCUUUAGCGAUAUUCGUAAAAUCCUUCUUUAUCGAUUGCCAAAGCGAUAAAACAUUAAAAUGUAUAUACUUUAAAAUCAUGCGAACACGCGACCUUAAUCAAAGAUGCGGCUAUUGUUAGAGGGAUCUCGCGUUUCUAUCAACGAGCGUUUGAGCGACCACUCUUAAGUUUUAUUUAUACAGGUGACCAUUCUUUUGCCUUACUGUAUUAGUAUAAUAUGAAUUUAAAAAGCGACAUAAUCGGAUGAGUAAUGUAGCCAGUGUUAAGCCUUAACAAAUGUAUCUGUAUUAAAAUUAUGAGAUUAUUUUCUAAAUAAACCGAUCGUAUGAAUUGUAUAUUUUCAAUUGUCAAUAAGGAAAUAUAGUUCCUAAAGUUUAAUCGCUGUAAAUUUUAGUCGAUUUGCACCAAGUUGACAUUGAAUAUUGAUGUAGUGUAGCUAAAGAAUCCAAUUAAAAUGUACAUAAAUCUAUAUAAAUAUUCUACGGAUGAAAACUUUAAUAGUUAUAGUAGGACAGAUAAAAAAAUAUUUCCAAAAUCUACGAAAUCUUUUUUACCUUGUAUCUAUUCAAAGUUUUUUAUAGAUACUAAGGACCGUCAACUUGGUGAACUUUAUUUUACUAUUUAACUUGCGUCAACCGGUAAAUGGGCUUUUAUCUUAUUUCUUACUACUUCCGGCUUUUGAGUUUUGUACCUCUACAAUUCCGUACAAUUUGUUAAGAGUUUUUUAUUUUAGAAGGUAUUUAGGUAAGGCUCAAAAUUAUGAAACCAAAUUUAACAAAUAUUGAAGCCACUUAUGUGAUCAAGUAUUAUUUUCGUAAUUUUUUUUUAAAACUGAAAUUUGAAAUUUUAUAUCUUCGUCGAGGCCUUUUAAAAUACCAAAACCCAUUUUCUGUUGAAAAUCAAUGUUACAUUUCAAAACUAAGUUACGCAAUUUAAUCAUUAUAGUUAAAAAAAAAUGUUUGGUGCACAUCGACUUACACUAGUGACACUAUUUGUAUGUUUUUUGUAACAUUGUAAGUUGCUGGUGCUUAUUUUUUAUAUUACGUUUUAAAGUUAUUUAUUACUUUUUUAUUCCAAUGUACUUUUGAGUACAAAAUUAAUCACUUUGUAUAUUGUAUUUUACUUUCCUGAUCGUGCUAACUAUUUUAGUCGUUAAGUACAGUGAAUAAGGUGCGUUUUGAUUGCACAAUUUUAUCGACUUUACAUGGAACUACCUUCAUUCUAAGAAAAAAAAGUUUGUAAUGAGUUUGUAAUGGUUUCAUGUCGCAACUUGUGAUCUUUGUUUUUCGCGUUACUAUAGAUAAAUGAUUUUAAUAAUUUUUAUUUUUAUUAUUGACGUAAAUUGUUUUAUACGGUAGAAAAAUGUAUUUCGCCUUAAAACUUUAAGUAAAAUGUCAAUUUUAUUUAAAAAAACUCGUUUAAAAAGCUUAAGUGGAUUUUUGUCCUCCCAAACAACAAGCCACAUGCGAUAUCAAAAGUUCCGAAUAAAUAUUUUACGCUAUGAACAUUUUAAUCUGGGCUAAGCUUUAGAGCGAAAAGUAGCCUUUUAAGCUAUAUUAUGCUGGAUAACAGUCGACCUAAAACAGGCGACUUGCGAAAAAAACAGUCGCCGAUCGACAGUGCGCAACAGACUUUAUGAUCAAAAAUAUCAGUUUAAAUUUUUAUAAAUAUCAACCAUUUUUUUUUACAGCAUUUUCAGAAUCCGUUAAAAAAUGGGUAUAGAAUCCAGGCCUCAGGAGUAUAAGAACCGGCAAUAAGGCCUGAAGCGUGGCUGAAAGCUAGCCAUUAGGGGUAUUGUAACAUGGCCUAUAGAUUAAUGAUUUUAACUAAAAUAUCACGAAUCAACGACAAAUUUUGUCAAUUGUAUAAUGCAAAUAUGAAGUAAGAUAAUAAUACCAUAGUUUAGCUAGUGUACAGUUGUAUAAUCGUGCUGCCAUUUUGGUGCUUAAAUAUUUGCAACCCAACAAAUAUUUAAAUUUCUGUCACAGUUUUAGGUAUUUGUAGUGCGUGUUUUUGCCUUCAUAAAGUUUUUUUUUACAAUAAAUCGUCGUCACAAUAAAUUCAUUAUAAUAUUGUGUCUGACCAAACGCUAGAAACAGUCUUAUCUUAUUGUCCAUUAAAAGCAAAUUAACGUAAGUAAUUUGGUUUUCAAAACCUACACUAUUUCAAUAUUGAAGAACAGCAAUUAGUUGCCAGCCUUGCGAGCGGCCAAUUCAGAAUAUAUAUUAGGAUUUAGUCCUCAAGUAUAGUAAAAUGGUGCGUUUUAGUUAGACAUUUUUGUGGACAAUUCAUCACAUUUGUUACACGUUCAAACACAUGAAUUGCCAAACUACGUACCUUAUUACAACUCAACGCAAUAGUAUGACUCGGAUGUUUUUUGAGGAAUGAGUUGCGGAUUAUUAUUGGCAUUAUUAUAUAGAAAUGUAUAUGUAAUAAUUACGCCCUUGAGCAUAUUCAAUUAAAUUUCAAUCUAAAGGUUUUAAUUAUUCAUGUCUUAGUUCACCCAUAGUGCGUAAGAUAAUUAUUGUCUUUAACGGAAAUCCUUAUAUAAUUUGCACUUCUGUAGUUAUCGUGGUUGAUUAUAAUAUUAUUCUCAAAAAAAUUCAUUGUCCAACUGUACGGUUGCUAAACUAUGAUGAUAAAAAAAGACACCGGGCGUUGAACUUGUGAUCAAGGGAACUUUAGUAUAAAGGAUAAAAUGCGUUUCAUCCUUUUUUACUAAAGCAAUAAUGCAAUAACGGCUGCGUCAUCGCAAAACUUAGUAAGUGAAUCUCGGUGCUUUAAAAUUUGCUACUUUUUCUGUUUACUCUGGUUAGGUACUCGUACAUUUUGGUUAAUGGUAUGGCAAUAAAAACAAGUUCUUGUAUCUUUGGGAUUGCGCAGAUCUAUCAAAAAUUUUACGUAGCUAUCUAUCUAAGGUAUCGAAAAGUUUGUAAAUUACGAUUACUUAUAAAUAUGUGGUAGUUGAAAUUGAAGUUACGUGCUCCAAUUCGAAUACUAAUAAACAUAUAUAUCUACUUUUCUAUAGCAUAAUUGAAAGCGUAAAAAAAUGUUGCACUUACUAAGUUUUUAUUUUCGGCAGCUAUUUUACGUACAAUGUAUAGUUUUAAUUUAUUAUUGAAAAUAUUACUUAAUAAAGACUAACACUAAAAAGAUAUUUUGUACGUUACGUUUUUUUACGUAAUAAACCCUUUUUAUGAUUUUGAUUUUGUAAAUCUUAGGGAUCUUAAACAAAUAUGUAAGUUCACAAUAUUACCCGAUUUUUGUUGCGGUAUGUCCGUACGGACGGUUUUACAAUGUUUUUACUGUAGACAUUCAUUUUUAUAUAGGUAAUAAGCGCUACAUGUACAUAAAAUGAAAACAUUAUUAUUA